GCACAAUCAAUAUCCCCAUCUUAUACAUCUUUCUUAUCCGUAUAAGCAUAGAGAAUGCGCCAGCUAUACGCAAAAUGAGCAACGACGAGAGCAAGACAAACCAACAGCAAGCGCCUCUUAAGAGGAGACGUAUCACUAGGGCGUGUGACAGAUGCCAUAGAGGCGGUAUCCGUUGUGCAGCCAGUUCAAACCCAUCGGUAUGCGCACCAUGCGCAGACUUUGGUUCAGAAUGCACUUACAACAGGCCCAUGAAACGGCGUGGUCCUCCGCCUUCGAAAGCGCGUGAAAGUUAUGGAUCGGCGUCAGGCAUUGCUCUGACAAGAUGGACACUUCCUUUACCGAGCGAUAACUGGACAUACCGAGAGAUAGCCUCUCAUGCGCACAUAGAAUCGCUCGUUGAGGCGUUCUAUGCUAUUGUGUACCCCAUUUACCCGAUGUUUCACUGGCCAACAUUCACAGCAAAUAUCCGCCGUCGAGUGUACACCACCUAUCCAGCCUUUCACGCCUUGACAAUGUCGGUAUGCGCCAUCACUUCCGCACGUCUUCGUGAUGGCGCUGUUCCCUCGCCAAAUUCUAGCACCCCAACUUCCGACCCACAGCCCCCUACGUCGGAGACUUUCUACCAAGCUGCCGUAGCCUCGUACCCUCGAGAUAUCACCACCGCUUCAGACUUCGAUUACAAAAGGGCCAAGCCAUUGUUGGCGACUCUGGCCAUCCAGUAUGGUCAGAUUCCUGCUGUUCAUGCGCAUAUCGGCGACUAUAUGACUCUUUGUGCUAUUGAUGGGUUCCAUAACGAGUCGAGGUGGCCGAAUGACCUAAACGAGAUUGAGGUGCAAGAGCGUCGUCGCUUGUUCUGGCUCGCAUAUCAGCUUGACGUAUAUGCCGCGACAACCUGGGGAGGUAUUAUCCGUCAUCGUGAAUCACAAUCUACGGUCUUGUAUCCAGCCGAAGUCUACUCGGACGAAGAAAUAACCCCUACAGGUAUUGUAAAAUCUGUCAAUCCAGCUCAUCCAGUGUCAUUCUGGCGAGGAUGGAAUUUUGUUGUCGACUUGUACCGUAUCCUCGAACAUGCUGUUACGAGGUUGAGGGCAAGAAACCACACUUUUGACGCUGGUAAUCAGAUUGCCGCUUUAUUUUCAGAAGGUCGAGUGGGGUCGGGGACAGAAUUGAAGCCAGGCGAUUUGUUGGUUCUUGUAGAGAGGCUGUACCGUGCCUUACCCCCAGAGCUAAGAGCCACGAGUGAGAUGACGGGGGAUGUUGAAAAAGAUCGUUAUGGUUUCCAAGCUGCAAACAUUCUUGUGACAAUGCAGACCAUGAAGAUGGUUGUUGCAGGUAUGGCCGAAUGGUCCGUCGAACAACGCUGUUCUAUUGCCGGUGAACUUCUAGAUGCGUUCGCGACGGUACCUAGAGCGUACAUCCAGGCUAUCAGCACUCCUCUUCUUCAUCAUCUUGCUGGUGUUGGUCAUCUACUUGCUUCUAUCAUUCACUCACCCCUUUCUCCCGCUGCUUAUUUGCACGUUCGCACCGUACUCCUCUCCAUGGCUGACCUCUUAUCCUCACUUGAGUCACAUCUGACUUCCACUGGAGGCAUUGCCCCUAAGUUGAGAGAGCACGUGGAAAGGAUUGACAGAUACAUGACUAGUGCGACGGAGAGUAAUGGCAAGCUGGCUACUUUCGCAUCACCCAUCCAUGAUGUGCAAACAAGGCAACAUCUAGCUACGCCUCACCACGCUAAAGAUACAACACCCACUACUACAUUCUCUUUGCGCAACGUCAGCGCCGUUCCGGGAACUGCGAGCAGUGUAACUGGUACAGGUAGCUUAGGCAUGAGCACUGGUACAAAUUCAUCAAAUGUUCGUACUACUUCAAGACCGUCCACGAGCGCCAACGCGGAUGUCUACAAUCCGAGCCCGCUGGGAAAUGUCAAUGCGAAGUUUCAGUUCAAGCCUAAUUCUACAUCUUCCUCCAGCUCUUUACCUCUUCCUCAUCUUCCCCGACCACCAGCAUCUCAAAUCCAAAACACUAUUUUACCGUCAAGUUCAUCCUCCGUUCCCCCCCCAAUGCAUCUUCCAUUCGGAGGUAUUGGGGCAGGUGUAAGUGACACUGGUGCUGGCGAGAGUCUUCAAAGACGUGAGCCUCCAGUGAUCACACCUAGCUCUUCUCAUUCUUCCCACUCUACGCCAUCACAGUUCUCACCCAAGUUCGUGAAUACUUCAUUGGUCUCGCACCCCGUCCCUCCGCCAUCUAUUGGACAGCCUCAAGGCAAUUUGGCUGGUUUACCACUACCUCUUCAACCUUCUCAUUCUCAGAACCAAUCCCAAAGCCGCACACAGCACAACCAACCUCAACAACCGAUCGAAAAUCCUUUCCACCUGACGAUAUCAAACUUCCCGCCCGAAACUCAGGAGCCAGCGUACCAAUUGCCCGACGAUCUAUUUGUAGAUUGGCCAUUUUUAUUCAAUGAGUUUGGGUUCCAAGGGGACGCGUUCGAUUUCUUGAGUUCGGGUAUCGGCGGCGCUGGGGGGGGCCCUGGCGGUGAGAGUGCGAGUACAGGUGUAUUUGAUGGUGUUCAGGCAGGAGCUGGUGGUAGUACAGCGCCGGUCGGUAACUUCAAUGGGGUAAAUAUGACUGGGAUUGGUGGAGGCAGGAUACCACCCGCGCUUGAGGGUGCGAACCUCCAGUAAAGCACGGCAAUGAGAUUGGUGGUUUCCUUUCCAGUCUGGGAGCAAAAACUGAAUCGCGCAGGCGCGUAAGUUUAUGAAAGACAAAGAAGAAGGUUAAGCAAGGAAUUCUCGUGACACUCGCAUCCUUGGAUCCUUUCAUAUCUUGGAAAAAAAUUCUAUAUUUUCAAUACACCUCCUGUCCAUUAUAUACAGGAUUAAUCCAAUCACUCAGUGGGGUUACUCACUUAAUAGAACGUUACGACGUUAAGUUGAUGUUCUCAAUAAUAGAAUCUUAGAUGAUGUAAAUGUUUUGGUUUUUGGGAUUAUAAGUUGUUGCUAUUGCGUUUGCGCACUCUUGUAGUAUUCCAUUUGGCACUACUAUCAUCAUAGCAUCGCAUAUAUUUGUCAGCUUUUUAUUGUCCUCCCAUGCUAGCAUGCUAAAGAAGGGUGUGAAAGGACCACAAUGAAUACAUAUCCUUGCAGAGCCUGGCAGUAGAAGAUGAAAUGCA